CGACAACUUCCGCUAACUUCGGCGUGAUUUUAUUUCUGACCAAUCACAAGCCACUUUGCUCGGUGGCAAGCAGAAGCACUACGCAUGCGCAGAAGACAGCGUUGUCGAGAAGGAAGCCGAAAAGCUAAGCUCGCUGUACACAAAAUGGAGUCCCAGCAAGAUGUGCAACCACCGAGGCAGCAGCCUAUGUUUUAUAUUUGUGGAGAGUGCCACACUGAAAACGAAAUCAAGGCCCGUGAUCCAAUCCGGUGCCGGGAUUGCGGCUACAGGAUCAUGUACAAGAAGCGGACAAACAGAUUGGUUGUUUUUGAUGCACGUUGAAGCGGGCUGGAUUUUUUUUCUUCAUGCAGUUUUUUUUCUUUUACCCAUAAUUGUGUGUGACCAUGUGAAUAAAUUUGGCAACUCUGAUUUCCCAAAACUAAA